UGAUAUUCGUGAUUGAUAUGCUUGUUAUUUAGGUUAACUCUUUAAUCGUAACAUUCAAUUUCCACGCAAUUUCAUAAAAAAUUUUUUAAAAUGACGUCUAUUCGGGAAAGUCUACAAAGCGCAACGUGUACAUGGUUGGAAUUUGGCGAAAAACGAAAUGUAUUGGUGUCUAUGCUCGCCGGAACAUUGUUUUUUAUAGGAUGGUGGUUUAUUAUUGAUGCUCAUGCAAAAUAUCCUGAUGAAAUGUCAAAUGCAUUUCACGUGUGUGGAGUAUUUGGAACUUUAUCUUUCUUUAUGAUAAAUUCUGUAACAAAUGCACAAAUAAGAGAUGAUACAUAUAAUGGUGGUUACCUUGGACCUAGAGGUGCAAGAAGUUGGCUGUUUAUUGGAUUUGUAAUGGGAUUUGCUGCAGUUAUUGCAGCUUGUUGGAUCUUAUUUGCUGAUUUUGUUGCUGCAGGAGCCCAACAUCAUUGGCCUGGUGUAGGUCUUUUUUUACAAAAUAUAUUUAUCUUUCUGGGAUCCCUUACAUAUAAAUUUGGACGAACAGAGGAGCAAUGA